AAUAGGACUUAAAUCAAAUAAGAUAUUUUCUAUAAUAUAUACACAAGUACUUUUUAUUUUAUGUUAUUUGGAAGUCGUUUUUGUGAGUGAAUAGGUGAUGCAAUGUAAUUGUUUGGGGUACUUUUGUUUCGGAUACGCCUUUGUAAUUGCCGUGGUGCAUGUAUUGUGAGCCGGUGCUUAUGGAAUACGACAACGACGAGAACACAUGGCGUCGGCCGUCGAUGCCGAAGACCGAGCGGGGUAAAUGCCAUCCGGUGCCCAAGAGGUCGACAAUGACUGCAGUAGUGGUGCUAGGUUUAGCAGUCCUCAGCUGUCUACUGGGGUACUGCGUACUCAGCGAGACCCUUCCUUACGAAUCCAAAACCUUACGUUUGGUUAUCAUUCUGUUUCGUCAUGGAGCUAGAGCACCAGAAACUACUUACAAAAGUGACCCAUUUAAACACUAUCAAUGGCCAGAUGGACUAGGAUCUCUUACAAAUGCUGGUAAACUGCAAUGUUAUGAAUUGGGAAAGAAAUAUCGUAGUUACUACGCAAACUUUAUACCAGAGGAUUAUUUUGAGAAAGAUGUAUUUGUCCGUAGUAGUGACAAGUCUCGGUGCCUGAUGAGUGCGUACACAUUCCUCGCCGGACUGUACCCACCUUCUGAGAGACAAUUGUGGCAUCCUGAGAUACCAUGGCAACCUAUUCCAGUGCAUUCUUUACCAAGGGAUCUAGAUAAUAUAGUUGCAGGGACAAAAAAAUGCAAGAGUUACAAAGCAAUGUACAGAGAAUUGUUAGAAGAGAAAAAUGCAGAUCCGAAAUUUAAAGAAGUGUUUGAAUAUGUAAGCAAACAUACCAAUGAGAGCAUGCACAGCGUAUUGAACAUUGACUUCCUCUACAGCACAUUUUUGGCACAGCAAGAUGCGGGACUAAAAUUGCCUGAAUGGACAAGGAAUGUCUUCCCUAAUAAAAUGCGUACACCUUUCAUGCUCAGUUUGGCGUUACUAAGUUAUAAUGAAACACUACAGAGGUUACAUAUUGGGCCAUUACUUGGCGAAGUCAAGCAAUAUUUCGACGAGACGGUCAACCAGGCUAACGUAAACCGUUCCUUGUAUGUGUACUCUGGACAUGAUACUACUGUGGUGUCGGUGUGGCGCGCACUUGGGUUCGAUGAGUUGCUCGAGCCGGAAUAUGGAGCAAGCAUCGUGUUUGAGUUGCAUGAAGAAGUAGAGCAAGAGAGCUUCUUUGUUAAGGUGUUUUACCGUAACAACACAAAAAUCGAGGUGCCCACUGAAUUGAAACUACCGUUUUGCGACGACCCCUGCAGCUACACGCAGUUUAUGCAGUUUUUAGACAAGUUGGUCCCUAAAGACUGGGAUGCAGAGUGCCAAAAUAAUGAACCUUGAACCAACUUCAGUCAAAGAACAACCUUUGUGCCAUAAUCAGGGUUCAGUUUGAUAAAUUGAAAAUGAGACAACUGUUAUGUGCAGUAAAAGCACCAGAAAACAAUAUAUUCGUUUUGAAAUACGUAUAUUUUACACAAAGCUUCACACAUAAUAAGCAUCUUGAGUCAAAUCAAGUUUUGAGACAGUUUUGAAACAAAUAGUAUAAUAGUGUGAUAAAUAUAUUUAAAUGUUAGAUAUGUGAAUGUAUACUGUACAUGUUGGGUGUAUGAUGUUAACUUUGUAUCUGUUUGUGUGAAUUACCAUAGUAACUAUAUUCUCUAUUACAUGUAUAUGUAAAAGGCAUUGUUUAAUAUGAAGUUUGGCGAAAUUAAGUAUGCGAAAGCAAUGUUUGUGAAUGCUGAGGUCUAUUUUUUGUAUAUUGUGGGACAGAUUUUCUGGCAACUAAUAUUUUAGACAAUGUUAUUAUUAUGUAAUGUUUUAUGAAUAUUAUUUUUGAUAAAAUUAUUACAAAGCUAUGCCUUAAAAUAAUAAACAGUCAUUUAUUGGCUGAUUUCAGUUAAAAACAGUAGUUACCUUAUCUGGGAGACAGUGAUUUUUAACUUUAAUUUUGAAAACUGUUACAACAAACAAGUUAUUUGAUAAAGUGUACCUAAUUUUUUUUAUAUAUUUUUUUCCUUACCAUCAUUUUGUUAUGGAUUCAGGAGUUUCUAUUCUAUAAUACAUUUAUCUCUUUUCGUAAACAACAAUUUGCGCGUGUUAUCUUGCCAAAAUUAGAAUAAAAUCUAGUAGGGAGUGUUUGCAUUAUAUCCACUAAUUGCUCCACUAUUUUAUAACUAAGACAAAUUUUUGGGUGAAUUUAUGAUGUUUCUAUCUUCAUUGUUAUGGCCUAUAGGUGCAUGUUUUCAGCGUGCUGCUUUGAAAUUGAUCUGCACAGAUUGGUGUUUCUCUCUCUGCACAAGCUAUGUACCAAAUGUUUUCAACUUUUGAAUGGGGCUAUGGCUCAAAUGCUUCACAUUCCUCGAUGUUAUUAGGUAAGGAAAUGUUAGAAGUGACUAGAUAUAAUAUUGUUGUUUUUGUAUUCUGGUUAUUAUUUUACAAAUAUAUUUUAUGUGGAA